AUGUCAAGUGUUAUGACGUCAUUCGAAAACGCUCUGUGGAUGGCUCGCUCUCUGAUUGGUUUAUCGCACCAUUAUGAGCGGAGCUUGAGCGACGACUUGACAUUCAAAAUCUGCACAGACUAUACGGUCCUCGAGAUUUGCGGACUUGAGAUUUUGUCGUACCAUCUGUGCGAGGCAGGCAUGUGCGUCAGCUGACGCCUGACGUCAAAGCCCGGGUCGGCCUGGUCCCGGGCUUUGGGCCUACAAUCUUAAAAAAACCUGCGUGGGCUCGGGCCAGGCAGGGCUUCGAAAGAAAUCUUAAAUUUAAUUUUGAAAAAAUUUCACGGAAAAAAAUUAUUUUUUUACGUAAAACUUGUUAAGUCAUAGUUUCUCAUAACUCUAUGAGAAAAAGUAAGCAAAAAUGCCACUUUUCUCGUUAAAAAAGCGAAAAAUUCGACUUGAAGAGAAUUUGAGUUUUUUGGGCCGGGCUGGGCUUGGGAAGUGGCCGGGGGGCCAAGAGGUUGACGGGCCGGCACUCGCCCAAGCCUGGUGCGAGGGCAGGCUUGUGCGUCAGGCCGGACUUUGGGCCUCAAUUUUUUAAAAAAGCCUGCGCGGGCUCGGGCCAGGCCAAGCUUUUUCUGAAAAAUGAGGGCCCAAAGCCCGGGCCGCCCGGCGUGACGCGCAAGCCUCAGGCACUAGCUAGGUUUUCCAAAGUCAAAAAAUGUAAACUUUCUGGUUUUUUUUUUCUAGAACAAAACGAAAAAAAAAUUUCAAAAUCAUGUGCUUCAUUUACAGUUUUUUCUUUUCAGAAUGUAUGAGGGUCCUUCGAAUGAUGCACCUUCUAAUAAACGCAUGGAAUUGAUUCAAGGUUUUUAAUCGUUUUUAUAGUUUUUAUAAGUGUUUAAUUUUUGAUUCGAGAGUUUAUGACGACGAUCUUUUCUGUCGCGCAACUUCAGAAAGUUUUUCCGAAGGUUUUUUCUGUUAAAAAGAUUAUUUUCCGAAAGUUCCUAUUUUAGUCUCCCUCCAUCGUCAUUUUCGAGAAAUAAUCGCAAGUAUGAUGUUCUCUAACGGAGAUUCCGAGGUUUAAAUAUAUUUUUUCCUCGAACUUGUAGGUAAUAUAGUCAUUGCAGAAACCGCAUAUCAAAAAUAUCGAACAUGUACUGGAUUUAGUCAAAAAUGAGUUGAUGUGUUUAGUUGGCGGCGCUUCUGACUUGGCGAAGUUACGCUUAGAAAGGUUAAGGAAGUUUUCUUCGAUUCCUUAUGGGCAUUUAAAGGAAUUUCGAUUUCCAGAUCGACCUAGAGGAUAUCUUCCGCGUUUUGCGUAAUCAGAAAGGGAUCCUUCAAAGAUUGAUGACGAUUGCCAAGGUUUUUUUUCAGAUUGCAAGAAAUUUGAAGCUUUCAAAGUUUUAUUAAUCUUAGACAAUGUCGAAAAAUUGGCCAAAAUAAUGCGCUUGAAAGCUCAGUUGGCUGAAAUUUUUCGACGUUUAUUACCUUCACAUCUUGCAAAUAUUAUAUUAUAUAAGAGGUACACUUUUUUGUAGAAUUGACGAAAAAAUUAACUAGUUCCAUUUUUUUCCUUGAAAUUUUGAACGCUAACUAAAGUUUAGUAUUCAUUUUUGUGUUCAUGCGGAGAGUUUAGAACUAUUGAACAAAUCUACAAUUAGAUAUUCAGACGUUCCACGAGGUUCAAGUUAUCAAAUCACGGCAGAAAAACAUGAAUUCAAGAGAGGAAGAAGAAGACGAUGAAUACGACGUUGAAAGAGAUGACUCUGUGUUUAGUCCGUUCGCCGAAUUUGAAGAACGGUUAUUUGGAGUUGAAGGUGAAGAAUAUUCUCAGUUUUUAGAAACAGUAGAAAUCGAAUCGCAACUACAAUCAAACGGGCGCUAAAGAAAAUAGGAAUUUCAGUCGAUUCCAUAAUUGUGAGUUUUUGGAGAUGUGGAAUUCAGAAAGAUCCUUCAGGAUCACGAUGAUGAGCAGUAUUUGGAGCGGCAAAAAAUUUUAGUCGAGUUUACGAAAAACUUGUCUCCUGAGGCGUACGCACGAUUUUCUGAAGCACGGCGAAUCUCCUUUCAUGAUACGUUAGGCUAUCGAUUUCAGUUUGCUCCUUCCGACUUGUAUUUUUGUACUCAACUUUCUCCAGAAGAACGAGAAGGCCGCGUCUCAGCUUCUGGCUCGGAAAUCCGCCUCUGGGUCAAAAUGUCGAGUUUGUAUUAGCCCAAGUAGCGAAAGAAGUCAUUAGCGUGGUUGUUGUUAACGCGAGAAACGUUCAGAAGCAGGUGAAACAAUUGGAAUCACCAAUAGUCAUGAAAUAUUUUCAGUGGAGAAAGGACAUCUGCAUGGAAGCGCCCUUGACAGCAGAAAGUUACCAAGAAGCCCUCCGACGCAACAAAGUAUUUCGACGAUAUAAAAAGCUACUCUUGUAG